UGGCGCCGCCGCGCGCACCGGGGGAGGCGGGGAGCGGCGGGGAGCGGCGGGAGCGGAGCAAUGGCAGCGCUGGCGGCCGCCUCCCCCGGCGGGGACGAGUGCCUGGAGGAGGACGAGGACGAGCUGGAGCCGGGACUGGACGAAGCGGAGGCCGAGCCGGAGACCGGGAGCGGGACGAAGGCGGCGGGGGGCACCCGGGGGGCCGUGCUCACCCGCCGCGGCAUCACCCUCCGCGUCCUUCUCCGCGACGGGCUCCUCGAGCCGGCCCGCGGCGUCCUCUCCAUCUACUACCUGGGCAAAAAAUUCGUGGGGGACCUGGGGGCGGACGGGACCAUCACCUGGCAGGAGACGGGACAGGUCUUCAACUCGCCCAGCGCCUGGGCCACCCACUGCAAGCGGCUGGUGAACCCCGCCAAGAAGUCGGGGUGCGGGUGGGCGUCCGUCCGCUACAAGGGCCAGAAGCUGGACCAGUACAAAGCCGCUUGGCUGCGCAAGCACCAGCCCAACGCGCCGCCGGCUGAGGAGGUGGGUCGGGACCCCCUCGCCCCAAAUCUGGGACCCCGCAGCGUGGGUGUUGGGAUGGGUGCCAGCCUUGUGUGCCGGCAGAGCUUGGCCAGCGAGGGUGAGGAGGAGGAGAUGCCUGAGGAUGAAGAAGAGGAGGUGACGAGGGAGGGUCGGGCGCCCGUGCCGGAGCCGACGGCUCCCAAAAAACCAGAGGAGAGGAGCAAGAAGCAGCAGUGCAAGAACCUGGCAGAGCCGGCGGGGACGGAUCACGGCCCCCCGGGGAAAAGGCUGGAGAGCAAACCCCGGGUGCCUGUCCGCUACUGCACCCUGGGCACCCGCGACUCGGCCAGGAACCCCCAGACCCUGGUGGAGGUGACGUCCUUUGCCGCCAUCAACAAGUUCCAGCCCUUCAACGUGGCCAUUUCCAGCAACGUCCUCCUGCUCCUGGAUUUCCACAGCCACCUGACGCGGAGCGAAGUGGUGGGCUACCUGGGUGGGCGGUGGGACACCAAUACACAGUUGCUGACGGUGCUGCGAGCCUUCCCGUGCCGGACCCGCCUGGGUGAUGCCGAGGCCGCCGGUGCUGUGGAAGAGGAGAUCUGCCAGAGCUUGUUCUUGCGGGGGCUGUCACUGGUGGGUUGGUACCACAGCCACCCCUUCGGCCCCGCGCUGCCCUCGCUGCACGACAUCGAUGCGCAGAUGGAUUAUCAGCUCAAGCUGCAGGGUAGCGGCAACGGCUUCCAGCCCUGCCUGGCCCUCAUCUGCGGACCCUACUAUCACGGUAACCCCGGCGUGGAGUCCAAAAUUGCGCCCUUCUGGGUGAUGCCGCCGCCAGAGCAACGGCCCAACGACUACGGCAUCCCCAUGGACGUGGAGGUGGCCUACAUCCAGGACGGCUUCCUCACCAACGAUGUCCUGCAGGAGAUGACGCUGCUGGUGGAGUUUUAUAAGGGAGCCCCCGACCUGGUGAAGUUUCAGGAGCUGUGGAGUCAGGAUCAGACGUACCUGGACAAGCUGAAGGGCUCCCUGGCCUCCCGCACCCCCAAAGACCAGAGCUUCACCCACAUCCUGGAGCAGAUCUACAGCCUCCUCAAACUCAGCAGCUGAGGGGCCGGGAGCCCCCCCCUUCGACUCAGACCAGGUGCCUUCCCAGCAGCCAGGGCUCGGCUCAGCAGCCCCCCCAAGCCCAAGGGGCUCAUCCAGACCCGGCGCGGGGCAGCGCUGCGGGGACACCGCAUCGCCCGCUGCUCCAGGGAGCUCAUCCGAGGGGUCCCGGGACCCCGCCGGCUCCUGCCCUGCUCCGGAGCGGCCGCCCGGGUGUCCCGUGGUUGUGCCGGCCCCGGGGCAGCGGUGGAGGGGAGGGUGGUGGUGGUGGUGGGAGUCUCGGCUGUAAGUUGUUUGUGGAAGUGGUAGUUGAUUAAAAGAGCAGUUCCUGAGAGGC